UGAUUCCAACCUAAAGCUGUGGUAUCGGUUUAUGAAUCAGACAGGAAAAGCUACUGAUAUUUGUUUUUCAGUCGUGAUUUGCUAAUAAAUUACUGAAAAAAUGGCAAAAAAUACCUCUAGCUCGGCCUUCAGGAAAAUUGAUGUUGAUUUGUACUGCGAAGACAAUUAUAAGGAAGAAGAUACAGAUGGGGGACCGACUGGCCCAGAUGAAAAUGAAGUCAACAAUUUACUUCAAAAAGGAAAAAAUUUGGAUGCUCUGAAGUUGGUCUUGACGAAUGCUCCACUUGGUAGUAAAAAUCAACAGACAAAGGACAAUGCCCUACAUCUAACAUUGAAAGUAUUAUUGUCUAUAAAACCACCACAAAUUGAAGAUGCUGUGAGUCAGUUAACUCCUGAAUUGUUGGAUGUCCUAAUGAAAUAUGUUUACAAGGGUUUUGAGUAUCCUUCAGAAGGCAGUAGUGGUCAGUUAUUAUUAUGGCAUGAAAAAAUUUUCAAUUUAGGAGGGGUAGGUUGCAUUGUGAGGGUCUUGUCAGAUACAAGAAGAGCUUGAGUCCUUGAAAAGUGGUGAAAACUUUUGUUUUCCAGAAAUUUAGAGUAUUUUAUGAAAUUUUAUUUCAUCAUUGUUAAAAUAUAACCAUCUUAUGUUAAUAAUGAAUAUUUUAUUUGAAAUUUUUUGCUUGAUGCAUUCAUAUUAAAAAAAUAUUGAUAAUUUCGAAGUAAAUGAUAGUCUGUCUCUAUUUUCUAUUCAAUAUUUUGAAUUAGGAUUGUAAUAUUACAAUAUACGUAUUAUCAAAAUAUGUUAUCACACGACUAUUGUUUAUAAAGGUCUAAAUUUGAAAAUAUUUUAAAUGGUUACAGCCACAUAAAUGUCUUUUGAAUUAGACAUAAAUAGAGCCUACCUUAACAUAAGCAAUAUAAACACCAGCUUUCAGUUGUAAUUUUUGUAUUAUAAAAUAUAUUCAUAUAAAAUUCUA